UGUCCCUCUGGACGAGGAAUCCAUAAAUCUGGGAAAUUAAAAAACAUCGUGAUUGAGACGAGGAGGAGGACACGAUUCUGAUGAACCGUAGAAGAAGCUAAGAAACGUGUUUUCAUUUGUUGUUGCAAUUCAAAAGAUGAUGAUACAUUGGUUCAAGCAGCUGCGAUCGGCGUUUGGGGUCGCGUUUCUGUGGCUUGUUUGCCUCGUUUACUUCACUCAGGGAUUUAGAUCGUUUGUGUGGACAGCUGUUUCAUACCAGCUCAAAGACAGGCUUCAGUUAUCACCAUCAGCUUCUCAGUUUGUCUUUUCUGUAGCCUUUUUUCCUUGGAGCAUUAAACCAUUAUAUGGAAUCAUCUCAGAUUGUAUCCCAAUUGGAGGGAAAAAGAGGACGCCGUAUUUGGUGAUAUCGACUGUGCUUUCUCUUGUGCCAUGGCUCUUGCUUGGUCUAGAUUCAACUUCUCGAAGUUCCAGUCUUUAUCUGAUGAUUUUCUUGACUGUACAAAAUUUGGGAUCAGCCAUGGCUGAUGUUGUGGUAGAUGCUAUGAUAGCUGAGGCAGUAAGACUAGAGAAGUCCUCGUUUGCUGGAGAUCUUCAGUCUGUCUCAUGGUUUUCUAUGGCUGUGGGAGGAAUAUGCGGUAGUCUAUUAGGAGGCUAUGCAUUGACCAACUUGAAGAUAGAAACGAUAUUUCUCCUUUUCACGGUACUACCGGUGCUACAGUUACUAUCAUGUACUCUCGUUGAAGAAUUCCCUGCUAACAAUGAACCACUGCCCGAGCUGUUGGAUUCUAACGAGUUUGAAGAGAAAAGCAAGAUGAGCAAUGAUAACUAUGGAGAUACGAAUAAGUCUAAUAUAAGAAGAAGGAAGGGACAGAAGAAAGGUAAAAAAGGAGCUUCCAAUGGAAAGUCUGAGACACAGAAGAAGCAAUCAAAGUCUUUAGCUUCACAGUGGUUCCAGUCACUGAAAGCAGCCACUUUUGGUUUGGGCCGUGCGUUCAAGCAACCGAUCAUUUUGAGACCAAUGGCGUGGUUUUUCAUUGCGCAUAUCACUGUGCCAAAUCUCUCUACUGUCAUGUUCUAUUACCAAACCGAGGUCUUGCAAUUGGAUGCUUCAUUCCUAGGAACAGCCCGUGUUGUUGGUUGGUUAGGUCUCAUGCUUGGCACCUUUAUCUACAACCGGUAUCUGACAAAUAUGACUCUACGCAAGUCUCUCUUGUUUGCUCACAUCGGUCUGUCUAUAACGAUACUCCUAGAUAUGGUUCUAGUAUCAAGAGCAAAUGUAGGCUACGGAGUUUCAGACAAAACAAUGGUGCUCUUCGGAUCAGCUCUAGGCGAUGCCAUCAAUCAACUCAAAUUCAUGCCGUUCUUGAUAUUGUCUGGUCGUCUAUGUCCUCCUGGGAUCGAAGGAACACUCUUUGCACUGUUUAUGUCGAUAAACAACCUAGGAAACACAGUCGGGUCGUUCAUGGGAGCAGGAUUAGCUUCACUUCUGGGAAUAUCUUCAGGAUCAUUUGAGAAUAUGUUUAUGGGAUUAGCCAUUCAAGUGUUAUGCACUUAUAUUCCUGUUAUGUUUCUUUUCUUGAUUCCCAAGGAAGCUACCGGAGUAUCUGGAUCGUAGGCCAGAGAGAGAGAGUAAAAGCUAAAAGUUCUCACUAGAAAAGUUUUAGAUUAGAGUUUUUGGAUUAAUUUGGGCAUCGGAUUUUGACGUUCUUAACGGCUUGGAAUUGCUACACAUCAGAUACACACAGUGGAGAGUUGUUAUAUAAUACUAAAAACUUUAUACAAAAUUUUGUUUCUUGUCAAUACUCAAUACAAUAGUUCAAUCCAA